UCUCUUUCCUUUGAGUUUUUUCCUCGUUUUCUCUCUCCCAGGGUAUCUCUCCACACUCUAUUAUACUCUCUUUGCUUUAUCGGCCUGUUUCUUCGCUUCCCUCCUUCUCGAGGAUUUACCUGUGCUCCUUCGCCCUGCGACGCCACGACAGAUCCGACUAUGUCGGCUGUUGCAACCUCUGUUGACCAAGCUACAGAUAUAAUGCAGAAGCUAUCGGUGGAGACAAAGAACAAUGGCAGUGAUGCUCCAGUGAUGGCCAAGAAGCCCUCUGGAAUUCAGUAUGGACCUGCGAAUGCUGGGCAACCUCCAAAGUUUCAGAUGACAUCAUUGGAGCGUUCUUCAACCCCUGUGAUUCCGGGGUAUAUGGAUCCUAAUGUGUACUUCAUACCCAAUGGAUACCCAUCCACAGGUUUUUACAUAGGAGGUUAUGAUGGUUUCACGGGCGAGUGGGAUGACUAUUCUGGCUAUUUGAACUCCGAAGGAGUUGAGAUGCCACAUGGAGUUUAUGGUGAUAUUUACCACCAUGGUUAUGGAUUUGCACCUUAUGGUGCGUACCCUUGCUCUGUUUCCCCUGUUCCAUCUUUGGAACAUGAUAACAUAAUUUAUGGAUCUCAACAUUACCAGUAUCCUCCUCCGUAUUUCCAGUCACAAGCACCUCCCAAUGGACUUUACUCUUCCAACCAUUUCCCUGCAUCUCAGGCCGAACCUGCUGAAUUACCUCCACUAGUAGCUGUAGGCCAGCCUUCUGUAAAUAUUGGUUCAGGCAGAUCAAAUUCAAAUGUGAUUGUAAAUGGGAACAGUGGGUAUCUCCAACAAAGGCAUAGCCAACAAAGUUCAUUAUUUCCUUCCAAUGAUUCUUAUAGUGGAGGUGCUUUAUCUUCUGGGCAACACUUUUCGGGUUACCAGGAUCCAAGUUUGAGUUUCGAUGGAAUGAGAUCGCCAAUUACAUGCUAUUAUGGCCCUGCAUCCACUAAUCCAUAUCUCAAUUCAGCUACACCAAAUACUGUGUCUUCAACUGCUUCACAUAAUGUUAGUUCCAUAUCAACAAGAAAUCAGAAUGUUUUAAAUUCUCCAAGAACAGUCCCUACGAUGAAUAGGAUUUACCCUACGAGUUUGUUGCAUGGCCAGAAUGGUACUGCAGUUAGAGAUGGGGCUGGUUUUGGAUCAAAGGUAUUUGAUUCUCAAAUGAAUUUUUAUGGAAAUUAUGGAUAUGGCUAUGAGAAUUUCGAUGGCCUGAGUGAGUUGAGCAGAGGACCCAGGGCAAAUCGCUUUAAAAUUCGGAACGGGCCUGUUCCUACAAAUGAAAUAGUUGAGGAACCUUGUAUUAUUCCUAACAGAGAGCAAUACAACCGAGCUGAUUUUCCUGAAAGUUACAAUGAUGCCAAGUUUUUUAUAAUCAAAUCAUAUAGUGAAGAUGACAUUCACAGGAGUAUCAAGUACGGUGUCUGGACCAGCACCCCCAGUGGGAAUAAGAAGCUUGAUGCUGCUUACAAGGAAGCGAUGGAAAAACCUGAUGGAUGCCCAGUGUUUCUGUUUUUUUCUGUAAAUACAAGUGGGCAAUUUGUUGGUGUUGCAGAGAUGGUUGGGCCAGUUGAUUUCAAUAAAACUGUUAAUUACUGGCAGCAGGACAAAUGGAUUGGUUGCUUUAAUGUCAAGUGGCAUAUUUUCAAAGACGUUCCUAACCACAUUUUGAGGCACAUAACAUUAGAGUACAAUGACAACAAGCCAGUGACGAAUAGCAGAGACACUCAGGAGGUGAAACUUGAGCAGGGUCUUCAGAUGCUCAAAAUUUUCAAGGAUCAUGUAAGCAAUGCAUCCAUCUUGGAUGAUUUUCGAUUUUAUGAUUCUAGACAGAAGAUGAUGCUAGAAAGAAAGGCUUGGCAACAGCAGCAUAACAAGCAGGUUGUUGCUGUUAAAAUAACAAAACCUGUUGGUGAGAAAGACAAGGAAACAGCUAAUUCGAACACUAGAUUACAGAAGCCAUUGGAAUCUGCUCCAGUUUUGAAGAAUUCAGCCAUUCCAGAAGCUACUGGUGAGCCAUCUGAUGAAAAUUGCCUGCCUAGGGUUACCGUUGAUAUCCCAACGGCAACAAAACCAGCAAACGAGAAGAGUGAAUCUGCAAAUGGUGUUUGAUAGGCAAGCUACAUUUUCCACCAGUAAUUCAUUAAUUAUAAGCUUAAAUUUACCUGUGAUUUAAUUUUUAAUUGCUUAUCUCUUUUUUUUUUUAUAUUUUGUAUUUUUUUUUAUUGAGUUUAUAAGGGCUGGGAGUGGAGUUUUUAUUUUCCUGAUCAAUUAAUUUGGGGAUGAGAUCUCUCAUAUGUGAAUCUAUUUAGUUUAUUGUAAAGUGAUCUUUUUCUAUCAGGGCUUUGCUGCUGUUGUAAUUUGAUUCUGUUAUACUGAAAUAAUAAGAGUUGGAACAAAUUGUUUCA